CACGUGUGGUAAAAAUCACUUGGCGCCCUCCUGUUCUCUUCCUCGGAGUACAAAGUGCUUAAAAUGUGACGGUCUGGGCCAUUUGAGAAAAGUUUGUAAGAAGAAAGCACAAACAAAUUACAUUGAGGAUAUCGCUGCAGUAGAAAAGGAAAGCAGGAUUCAAAGUAUCGAUCAAAGUACACGGUCUCUCUCUACGUAGAACAGAAAAAGGUAUCGUUUGAUAUAGAUUGCGGAGCUGCGGUGACUUUAGUAAGUCAUUGUUGGUUAAAAUCAAAGAUGCCUAAGUUAGAAAUCUAUGAAACAGAUUUAAAACCACGGUCGUAUUGUAAAAAAAAAAGCUUUGUGCCUAUAGGUUUUGUAAAAGUAAAAGUUAACGAUAUAAAUUCAGUUAAGUAUUUGAAUAUGUAUGUAGCGAAAUAUGAUGGAAUUAUUCACAAAAGAAUGGCUCCUUAUCAUUCAGCAUCCAAUGGGCUGGCGGAAAGAUUCGUGCAAACACUCAAGCAAUCACUUCGUAAAAUUAAAUUAACAAAAGAUAAUGUAAAAGUAAAUGUACAAAAAUUUUUGUUUCAUUACCGCAUCACCCCAAUUCCAGAGCUUAAGAAAUCACCAGCCGAAAUUAUGUUUGGGCGAAAAUUACGUAAUCGACUGGAUUUAAUUUUGCCAAAGGAACUUGCGUUCAAAGUAGAGUCGAUGAAAUGCAAUAAUGAAACAAGAAAUUUUCAAGUUGGGGCUAAAAUAGCCGCACGGGAAUACUUAAAUAAAAAGAUUAAUUGGCGUUUUGGUAUCGUUUUUAGAAAAUUAGGGAAGCUACACUACUUAGUAAAACUAGAAAAUGGCAAAAUGUGGAAACGACAUGUAGACCAAUUAUGCAUAAUCGGGCAAGAUGUUCAAGAUGUUAAGUCGAAAUUAGAUUUAGAUGUAUUCGAUGGUAUCCAUCCAAAUCAAAACGUAACAAAAAAUAUUAGGGGUGGAGAGAGACCGGUAAUAAAUGUAACAAACAAAGAUUGCGUAAAUGACGCUGCCAAUGCUCCAGCCGAGGAAGAGACGGAGGAAGAUGCGCACACACAGAUAACUGUAGGUAAUAAAAAAGAAAUGCGUACGAGCGAGCAAAAUGAGACGGAGGAGAAUGCGCAAGAACAGAUAACUGUAGCUGUGGCGUUUUCGAGAGUCAGAAAAGCGCAAACGUACAUGACUCUCUCUCUCUGUCCCGAGACUCCGAACCGUUAAGUGUGAUAUACGAUCUCUUUUUGCAUUAAGUAUUAUUAUAUUAUAGUUAAGAAGAAUAUAUAUAUAAAGGUUCAUCUGGCAUAAUUAUUUCCUAUUAUCGAACCACAAGAACGUAAUAGUUUUUAUUAAAGACUUUCCUUUCAUUUUCACGAAUAGUUAUAACGGAUUCUCUGAUUUCGAAACACUCUUGAUCUCAAUUUGCUUUGUUCGAUAGAUAGAAGAUGUCAAUUUCGCUUACACGACCGCCAUCGCAUUGCAAUACGCCCGCUCAUGCGACCUAAUACAAUCAAGUCUAUUUGUUCUCA